CAACCCUCGCCCCGCUAGCGGGCGCCGCUAGUUUCAUCCUUUCUCCGAUGAAGGUAUCAGGCACCCCACCCUUACCUUUAGAUUUGGUGAUAGUUCCCUUAAAAGUGGAAUGAACAAUCUACCCCAUCCUUUUCUCACAAUAUCAACUAAAUUCCAGCAAAAGGCAAAAAAAAUAAUUCUUUUUAUUGUAGCUUAGUGCUUGCAACUUGAUGUGUAGUCAGACAAACCUGUAAUCGGUCUCCGCUGGAUCAGUCACUAGCUGUGUAAGUCUACAGAACUCCCAUCACCUGCAAAUCUGAAGAAAAAUGCAUGCGGGCACGCAGGACAUUUUGGGCAAAGACGGCCUUUGAGCUUUUGUUUUUACUAAGAAUGCCGCUCUAGUGAAACAGCAGCCAGUUCCGAAGGGACCUGGCACGGUGUUGAUGACAUCACUUCCGAGCGCCAAGUUCGGGCUUCCUCCUGCAGCAAUAGGGGCAGUCGACAGUCUUUACUAGGGAAAGGAGACAAGUGCUAGCACCUGCUCCCCAAGAGGAAGGUGGGUGAAAUUGCUCACUCUUCACCCCAAUGAUGGUGUGCACCUGGAAACUCGGUUCUAGUUCGCGCCCUUCGCCGCCUUAUAGCAGACCAGAGACCAGCGCUUCCCAAGUCACGUGGGUUCACCCUGCAGCUUUCUUGGCCCCAAAGGGAAUUAUCUAUAGAGUAAGUAUGCUAAUCUUGAAUAAGACAGCAGGAGUUUUUAAACCAUCAAAAAGGAAAGUUUAUGAAUUUUUAAGAAGUUUUAAUUUUCAUCCUGGGACACCCUUUCUUCAUAAAAUAGUAUUGGGAAUUGAAACCAGUUGUGAUGAUACAGCAGCUGCUGUGGUGGAUGAAACUGGAAAUGUGUUGGGAGAAGCAAUACAUUCCCAAACUGAAGUUCAUUUAAAAACAGGUGGAAUUAUUCCUCCAGUAGCUCAACAGCUUCACAGAGAAAAUAUUCAACGAAUAGUACAGGAAGCUCUUUCUGCCAGUAGCAUCUCUCCAAGUGACCUCUCAGCAAUUGCAACUACCAUAAAACCAGGACUUGCUUUAAGCCUGGGAGUGGGCUUAUCGUUUAGCUUACAGCUGGUAGGACAGUUAAAAAAGCCAUUCAUUCCCAUUCAUCAUAUGGAGGCUCAUGCACUUACUAUUAGAUUGACCAGUAAAGUAGAAUUUCCUUUUUUAGUUCUUUUGAUUUCUGGAGGUCACUGUCUGCUGGCAUUAGUUCAAGGAGUUUCAGAUUUUCUGCUUCUUGGAAAGUCUUUGGACAUAGCACCAGGUGACAUGCUUGACAAGGUGGCAAGAAGACUUUCUUUAAUCAAACAUCCAGAGUGCUCCACCAUGAGUGGUGGGAAAGCCAUAGAACAUUUGGCCAAACAAGGAAACAGAUUUCAUUUUGACAUCACACCUCCCUUGAAACGUGCUAAAAAUUGUGAUUUUUCUUUUACUGGACUUCAACACCUUAUUAAUAAAAUAAUAAUACAAAAGGAAAAAGAGGAAGGUAUUGAGCAGGGACAAAUCCUGUCUUCAGCCGCAGACAUUGCUGCUGCAGUACAGCACAUAACAGCAUGUCAUAUUGUGAAAAGAACACAUCGAGCUAUUCUGUUUUGUAAGCAGAGAAACUUGUUACCUCAAAAUAAUGCAGUACUGGUUGCAUCUGGAGGUGUUGCAAGUAACUUCUAUAUCCGCAGAGCUCUGGAAAUUUUAACAAACGCAACACAGUGCACUUUGUUGUGUCCUCCUCCCAGACUGUGCACUGAUAAUGGCAUUAUGAUUGCAUGGAACGGUAUUGAAAGAUUACGUGCUGGCGUGGGCAUCUUACAUGACAUAGAAGACAUCCGCUAUGAACCAAAAUGUCCUCUUGGAGUAGACAUAUCAAAAGAAGUUGAAGACGCUGCCAUAAAAGUACCACGAUUAAAAAUGAACCUAUGAUUUUUGCUGUUCAAAAAAAUCCCUACAGAAUGGGGAGAACUGGGUUGUAUCAUCUAAAGCAAAAAUAGUCUAAAGAGUCACUCUCUGUCACCCAGGCUGGAGUGCAGUGGUGUUAAUCUUGGCUUACUGUAAUUUCCACCUCCCAGGCUCAAGCAGUGCUCCUACUUCAGCCUCCCAAGUGGCUGAGACUAAAGGUGUGUGCCACCACACCCGGCUAAUUUCCUGUAUUUUUGUAGAGACAGGGUUUUGCUAUGUUGCCCAGGCUGGUCUUGAACCCAUGAGCUCAAGCUGUCCGCUCACCUCAGCCUCCCAAAGUGCUAGGAUUACAAACAUGAGCCACCACAGCCAGCCCUGAAUUUUCUUCUGCCACUGUUAAUCAUAAUAUUAAAAUGCUGCAUGUACAUAUUGAAAUAUUUAUAAAUAAAAUUAUAUGAUGCUUGAAA